CAGUGUUAAGAGGAGUUAGUGAGCGACAACACUUUAUUUUUCUGUGUAUCAGGUUAUAAAUUUCAAAAGCAAAACUCGUCAAAUUUUCGCGAAUCAAGACUUCAGUAAUAAAUAAAUUCUGAAAUAUGUUUCGUCUUCUUGCAGUAGUGACGGUGCUCUUUAUGACAACUGACGCGCAAUUGCACAGGAUUUCAUUGUACAAGAUGGAUUACGUUCGACAAUCUGUAAAAAAAGUUAAUACCAAGUUGCAAGAAACUUUUUUAAGUGACGAUGUUCUUUCACAAAAUUUGACCAAUUUCAAAAACAUAAUUUACUAUGGCAUUAUUAAAAUUGGAACACCGCAGCAAGAAUUUAAAGUGAUAUUUGAUACUGGUUCCGCAAAUCUUUGGGUAUUGUCCAAAAAUUGCACAACUCCUGUUUGUUUAAAACAUAACCAAUAUGAUAGUGCAAGAUCCGAGACAUACAAUACUGUAACAUAUAAUGGUCAAUUUAUUUUCCUUAAUUUAUCAUACAGCUCUUUGAUUGUACGUGGAUUCCUAUCUACUGAUACAGUGAAUGUUGCCAACCUCAAUGUAAAGAAUCAAACAUUUGCAGAAGUGGUAGACAUAUCAAAUGAACAUUUAUUUGAUAGAUAUGAACAAGAACUUGAUGGUCUCUUAGGCUUGAGUUAUUCCAAUAUAUCUGUGGGUGGAAUAACGCCUGUUUUCGACAACAUAAUUGAACAAGGGCUGGUGUCAUCACGUAUUUUCAGUUUUUAUCUAAAUAGAGACACUUCAGCCGAUUUAGGUGGUACAUUGAUAUUAGGUGGUUCUGAUCCUACCUAUUACGAAGGGGAUUUCACAUAUAUUCCUGUUACUCGCAAAGGAUACUGGCAAAUUACCAUUGAUAGGAUCAAAAUGACAUCUGAAGAUUUGUGCGAGGAAAGCUGCCAAGUUGUCGUUGAUACAGGCUCUUCGCUAAUAACAGGACCAGAAUUGGACAUCGCAAAGAUUAAUACAUUUAUUGGAGUUGAUGAACAUAAAACAGUGGAUUGCAAUCGAAUUUUCCAAUUGCCUACAAUCAGGUUUAUUCUGGGUGGUAAGGCGUUCGAUCUUACCGGUAAGGAUUACAUCAUUCGGCAUCCAAAUCAUGAAAGUAUAUGUACAUCCAUUUUCUUCACAUACGACUCAUAUAACAGUGAAAUAAAAUGGAUACUGGGCAUGCCAUUUAUUGGCCGUUAUUACACCGAGUUUGAUAUGGAGAGAGACCGAGUGGGAUUUGCUUUGGCGAAAAGUUCAUCAAAGUGUAUAGAAAAUCUUUCAUUGUCACAUUUUAUUGUAUAUUUUAUCAUCAUUUUUUUAAAAUUAUUUGUUUAGUUUUCGAGAAGAAAGAAAUUUAAUCUGUUUUAAUCGACAAAGUUUGCAUGUCAUCAAUGUGAAUUUUUACGCUAUAUGUAUAUAAAUGUGUUUUAAUUUUUAAAAGCAAUACUUCAUCAUGAAAGCAGUUGAUAUGAACAUAUUGUUAAUUAGAAUUUUUACGAGCAGUGUCAUUUGCUAAGUUUAUUGAUGCAUAGCUGUUUAGUCGACAUAAUCAAGCUAUUCUUUCGAAACGCUGAUUGCUCCUUCAUUAACAUUCUUAAUCACGCGCACAUUUAACAAUUUAAUAAUUUAAUACAAUUUGUUUUAAUGAACAAUUUGUUUUGUUAUGAAACAAAAUAUUAAAUAAAAUAUUUUUAAAUUUGAUUGAUCGAUAGGACGGAUGUAUUUUGAAUGCGCGCGAUUCUAUAGCAGUCGCCAAAUGUAGAUAAACGAGAGCUCUCAUAGUCGAAUACAAUUUCUUUUUUGUAUGUCGCAACGUACAGAAAGCAAUUUAUCAGAAAUUUCGAAAACACGCUUUCUCGUGGUGACUGUGGUGUUGAUAGAUGUGAAAAUCCAAAGCUAAAUUCAUACAUUGUAUUGUAUGUGCACGAUACAUAUCAAUAUAAUAAAUAUUGAUUUUAUAAAAAAAUCGAUUUACCUCGUGACCACAUUCGAUUUUCGGAAAUCUAAAACCUAUGUAAAUGUAAUUGCAUUGAUUAAACACCGAUAAAUCCUAAAUGGAAUUGGUUAUUCGUAC